UGUCACCGGAAAUCACCGACUUCUUCCCGCAGCUGCCAAUAUGGCGGCUGAUGCAGAAGAGAGCGAUUAUUUUGUUAGAGAAAUUGAGAAAAACGACGGUCUUUCCCUAAAAGUGAAGCAAUGCUACUUAGGAGAUGUUGGUUGUGUGGUUUGGGAUGCAGCUAUUGUCCUGGCCAAAUAUUUAGAGACGAAGCAGUUCUAUGAUCCGUCCUCAGGAGUGAACGUGUGGGCUGGCAGGACUGUGGUGGAGUUAGGAGCUGGGACAGGAGUUGUAGGGCUGAUGGCAGCAACACUAGGAGCUGAAGUCACUGUGACAGACCUGGACGACUUGCAGACCCUCCUGAAGUUGAACAUCCAGGAAAACCAGGCUCUAAUUAAAAGUGGAUCAGUUACUGCCAAGGUACUGAAAUGGGGUGAAGAUGUGUCCGACUUCCGACCGCCCCCACAUUAUGUCCUUAUGGCUGAUUGCAUCUAUUAUGAGCAGUCUAUUGUUCCUUUGGUGGAGAGCUUGAAGCUGCUCUCGGGGCCAGAAACCUGCAUUAUUUGCUGCUAUGAGCAACGCACAGAAGGUGUCAACCCAAAAGUGGAAAAGCAGUUUUUUGAGUUGCUGCAAAGAAACUUCAACUGUGAGGAGAUCCCUUCAGAAAAGCAAGACCCAGAGUUUAGUAGUCCAGACAUCCACAUCCUGCACAUCCGAAGAAAAGUCUGAGUUUGUGUCCACAGUAAUCAGUAUGGUACCCUAAUAGCCUAUGGAAAUCAUACUUCAUUUUGUACCUGUUUAUAUUUGAUGUAUCUCAAUUCCUGCACUCUCUGUAAUGUUUUUUAUUUUUAAGAAAUAUAUGUUUUGAAUAUAUCACUAAACAACAUACCUGAUGAUUGGAGUAAAAAUUAAAAGUGAAUCCAUUGUGAAAAUGUUUUUUACAUACACUUAAAAACACAAUGAGAUAUUAUCAGGAGUUCCAGUGGUCUGUAAUUGGAGGGCUGUGAAGGUAGAUGGCAGAAAUGGGCAAGCAGAGAAAUGAAAGACUAUCCAGCCUGUCCUUAACUUUAAAGAAUAAUGUUGUUUAAGCUAGACUGGAUCACAGGCUGAGCAGAAUUGUACUGAGCCAUGGUUUCGUGGUGUUUGUUUGUUUUUUUGUUUUUGGUUAACCUUUUAAAUGCAAAAGACAGGGAAAGUUUGAUUUUAAAGCUCAGUAAACUGCAGCAAAAAUAAACAUUAGACGUGCUGUGCUUUUGCUUUGGAGCACUGCCUUUUUCUGAUGUGAAUGGUUCAAUAUGCAUGUUUGCAGGUAUAACAUUAGGGUAAUGUACAGUCACAAAUUUGAUUGAUAAAGUUGCCCUACUCCUAGAAAUAAGCAGAUGAGGCAUGUACAUUCACAGAUUACUGAUUUGGAGCACUAGGGGGCAAUAGUUGCUUUAACUAAAUACAAAUAAUUUAACUUUG